AUGAAUUCAACUGUUACUACUACCAUUAUUACUUCAGUAACAACAACAACAACAACAACAACAACAACAACAACAACAACAACAACAACAACAACAACAACAACAACAACAACAACAACAACAACAACAACAACAACAACAACAACAACAACAACAACAGUAUCAACAACAAGCACAACAGAAACAACAACUACUACGAUGAUUCCGCCGAACUUACUCAUUAAUCCAGGUGCUGAAGAUGGUAUUAUUUUUCCAUGGAUCGAUGGUGGUCCAGUUACGGCAAGAAUAGAUAAUGGUUCGAUAAACACCGGAUGUCAUCCUUAUCGUGGCGAUAAGUAUUUUCAUGGUGGUAUAAGUAGUACUGACUCAAAUAGCAAUCUAACACAAAGUAUUCUCUUACUUAAUGAUACUCACGGAUAUACAGAAGCUCAAUUGGAUAGUGGUAAUUUGUCGGUUUACGUCAGUUUUUAUGAACUAAGUAGCCAUGUAUCUUCCACAAUAGAUAGAGCUCAAAUUAGUUUAGCCUUUCGAACAUUGAAUCACAGUUUGAUAUCAACAACGACUACGCCCACACUUACAUUCACGUAUAACUGGACUUUUCAAUCAUUUUCUUAUCCAUUAUCGGUGGGAACACGUUAUAUCGAUUACAUUAUGAUCUUUAAUAAGGACUCAGGUCAACAUAUUGAUGCAUGUCUCGAUGAUAAUUCUCUUAAAGUCUAUUAA